AUGUCAGACCAACGCCGAGUAUUCUGUGGAUACUGCGGUACACAACUCUCGUCUUGGAACGAGCGCACACGCGACGAUGCCGAACACAUCUCGUUGACGGUCGGAAGCCUGUUGGAUGACGACCAGGAGCAACUGGGCGAGAUGGGGUUCCUGCCCAGCAGUGACAGCAGCGACGACGAAGGCACAUCGACUGUCGCAGAACCAUCGCGGUCCCACAGCAAGCGAACUGUGGUACGGUCAGAACCUUCGUCACGAGGCGCUCCGUGGUUUGAGGAAAUAGUCCGGAACACGAGACUGGGACGCUUCAAGCAGCAGCGCGGUGGCCACUCUGCUUCUGGCGUACAGGUGGAAUGGGAAGUCACCGAGUGGACUGAGGGCGAUACCGACGAGCUGGUCAGCUCAGGACAGGCCACGCCUACUAAAAGGAAAAUUGGCGAUGUUGAGGCCGACGACAGCGAGAUGCGCAACGCGUGA